AUGGAUUCUGUUGCUGCAUUUAAUGAAGAAGGACGAGAUACAGUUUCUGACUCAACGUCCACCUCAGAGCUGCUCAACCGUGUACCAAUUAGACGAAAUGGCGAUAAUAGUGCCGCGGAGCUGAUACCGUCCAUCAAUCAAAGACGCCAUUCGUGGUCAGACUCUACUGAUAUAUUGAUUAGUAGACCAUUGUAUGAGUUACUUGAUGACAUACAUAUAUCAUCACCGGUACCGCAUGAUUUAGAUCCAGGCCCCGAUGUACAAUUUAAGAAUAUUUCGGAUCUGGAUGAAGUAAUUACAACCUCGAAUGAUGCUACUGAUCCCUCUUUUAGGUACAAUUCACAAAUACAGGGUGACUUGCACAUGUUAUAUAAUAACAUCCAAGUGUUUUUGAUUAGAAACAAGAUGUCAUUGGAAUUUCUUAAGAUAUUCAAAAAAUAUGUAAGUUACCUGAUUGCCGAUGGUUUUGAUCCCUACGAGAACGAUUUCGUCCUCCGAAUACAACAUGAGUUGGAUGGAUCUUACAAGUUGAGUUCCGUUUUGAAGGAAAUAUUGAAUGUCUUCCUCUUGAAACCAAAUACUCUAUUGACAAAGUUGACUCAUUGGGAAUAUUCUAAUUCCGAAAGAAACCUUAAGAAAUAUUUCCGAUUUUGGCUAUAUUCAUAUGAUGUGAAAGAGUCAUUAAGAAUUCGUAGUAGCCAAUGGGAUGGUUAUGUCAUUGGUAAAUGGUUUGACACUUGGAGAUUAAACUAUUCGCAUAAAGUAGAGCUCCCCUUACAGGAUGCUACACAGUUUGAUGAGGACCGAUUGGCAAAUAACAUGUGGGAUAUUAUGGAAAGGAAGAUGAUAUUAUUUAAGGCACAAAAUGAUAUGGCAAGUAACUAUCUUGCACAGCGUGUAUGGAAUAAAAUAAAAUCAAGAAGAGACAAAAUAAAAACUAUGCAAGGCAAUGUGGAAGUAUUUCUCCGACAAAAGGAUCUGGCCAAUGCCAUUCGAUUUUGGAAGUUGGCCAAGCUUUCAAAUAAGGCCAGAAGGAUUAUAAGAGAUCAUACUUUGCAAAGAAAAAUAGUUUCUAAAUUGAAAUCCAAAUUAAGCCAAAUGAAUAACCUGGAUAAACGUGCAAUGGUAUACAAUCGAAUGUUUGUUCUCGGUAAAUAUACGAAAUUAUGGUCCGAACAAUCUACUAAACACCAACGAACUUCUGCCGAUAAGAGGAGAAUGGAAGAACUUUUCAUUAAGUCCAAGACACUAAAGAUUAUUGAAAAUGUAAUGCAGAGAAGGAAACAGGAAAUAGUUGCUAGACAGACACUUGAUCAAUUAUUAAAGGCAUUUAUAUUCCAAAAAGUGUGGAAAAGACGAUUCUUAGACAGAUCAAAUUAUUAUAGAAUUGUAAAUAGGCAAGAAUUAGAACAAAAACGGAAAUACCUGGUCAUAUGGGGCCGACAUCUUAUGUGGAAAACUAAGGCGUUUGAAAAUUACAGAAGAGACCUUGGUCGAAAGUAUUUGAAAAUAUGGAUACUUAAGAGACGACAACAAUUACGGGAAAGGCAGGUUCUUGGUUGCUACUUCAAAAAAUGGAACAAGAUAGUUCACAUAAAUCAAAAAUUAGUUCAGUAUGAGCAUAAACAAUUCUUAUUAAAAUUCAUUAAUUUAUGGAAGGUCCAUAAGGUGAAGAACACUUUUAAUCUUGAGAAAUCCAUCAGUCAAAAUAGCCAAAGGAUCAAGUUAGAGUUAAUCAGGAAAUGGCAUCGUGAAGCUUUCUUCUGGGAAGAACAACGUAAAAAAGCAGACAUUUUCUGUAAAUUGAAAAUUAUUAUUAAAUUAAAGAGGAAGUCGACAGAGAUCUUGUCAAGCUACGAAAGAUCAGAGAAGAUUAUCCCGAUUUUUCAGUGCAGGUCCAAAUUGUCAACAUAUUUUUCCAUCUGGAGAAAACAAUCACUUACCUUACGUGAUAAAAAACUGAGGCACAUGUUAUCACAGUACCAGUAUAAACGUGCCAAAUACAUGAAGAAAAGAUAUUUUAAUUUUUGGAAUCAACGGUAUAGUUUUUUUUGCAUUGAAUGUGUUCUCAUAAGUCAAGGCUCUCAAGAUGGGCGUCUUAAAAAGUAUGCUAUCGAUUGCUUUAAAGAGAGGAUGUUAGACCAGUACGAUAGGAUUGAAAUAAGUGAGGAAUUUCGAACAGAGCAUCUACUAGAAAAAAGUAUGCUAAAAUGGCGAGUCCACUUUUCACAACUUGGUGAGUUACAAAGGAUUCUUGAUUUACGGAUCAACGAUUCUAAUUUAUCCAUAUUGCAAGACUAUUCUAAAAUAUGGAGCAUGAAACUGAUGAAAGUGUCAAGAAAUAACGAAACUGUGCAGAUAUUUAGGAGGCGUUGGGACAGGGCUACUGAGAGAGGAAUAUUGUUAUUAUGGAAGAACAAAAUUCAAUCCACCGCAAGAAAAUCUAUGGAUGAUCAUGAAAACUCGCCGAACUACCAGACACCAGUAAAGGAACCAAGUGAUCUCUGGACGACUAUCCCAGGAUCUGAACGAAUAAAGCGGUCCAAGAUGAGGGCAAUGAUGGAUCAUUACGGCAAAGCCAGGAGAGCCAUUCCAAGUCCCAUCAAAUCAUCGUCGUCAUUAAAUGCCACUGCAAGAAAGAGAAUUGAGACCCAAAAAACUGCUGUUGGGAUUCAAUGGGAUAGAAGAAGUCCAUCUCCAAGAACAAGAACAAGUACGAGAACGAAUAAUGUAAAUUCAGCGAUUAGGAAAAGCUCCAUCUUAUUGGGGGAUACACAGGAUCUGAAACCGAUGCCACCUCCCCGUGCUUCGGGAAUAACACCAGAGAAGACAUCGCACUUAUCUAAUGCAGACCUGCUGGGGUCCCCUACCAAAAGAAGACCCCGUGGUAAUGACAAUUGA